AUGUUCACUCAAUUAUUCGCGCUCUUGCCUCUUUUGGCCGCUCUUCCUGCUGCCAACGCAUACUUUAUUCUUGCCCACCCAGUGCUCGAGACCACCCGGCUUGAUCCCAUUGUCAAUCCCGGUGGAAUCGGUGCUCACGUUCAUUCGAUCGUCGGUGGUAACAACUUUGACAGAGAGAUGACUUACGAGUCCACGCAACAGUCAACAUGUACCACUGCCGCUGUGUCCGUUGACAAGUCGAACUAUUGGAUCCCCCAGUUAUACUACUACAACCCAUCGGGCGAGAACUACCAAGCUGUCCCUGUGUCUUACGUCAACACUUAUUACCUUCCUCGAUACAGUCCUGGAGAGACGACCGUGCGAGCUUUCCCCGACGGUCUCCGAAUGAUUUCUGGCGACCAAAACAGACGAACGUUCGACAACGACGCCGACUCGAAAGCCAUCUCCUACGUGUGUCUUGAUUACUACAACAACCACUCUGGUGAUGCCGCUUGGGCCGAGAGAAACAGUUUCUUCGAACACAACUGUCCUCAAGGUAUGCGAGCUCAGGUCUUCUUCCCAUCCUGUUGGGAUGGUGUCAACUUGGACUCGGAUGAUCACAAAUCACACAUGGCCUGGCCCAGUGGAGGUGUCGACGGUGGUUCAUGUCCUUCGACCCACCCCGUGCGACUCGUAUCGCUCUUCUACGAGUUCAUCUACAACGUUCAAAACUUCCCUUACAACAACGGUACCGACCCCACUUGGGUUUGGGCCAACGGUGACACCACCGGUUACGGUCUUCACGCCGAUUUCUUGAACGGUUGGCCAUCCUACAACAACGGUACCAACGUUUUGCAACAAGCUUUGAACAACUGUAAUGACAACAAUGGUGUUGGUGGUGAACUCAAUAACUGUGCUCCUUUCGUCCCUUACCUCGACUCGGCUUCUGCCAAUGCCUGUUCUCCAUUGAACGAGCAGGUUGACGAGGAUGUUGGUUUCGGACACUACAUCGACAAGAUCCCAGGAGACAACCCCAUCUGGAUCGGUAACAGCACUGACAAGCCAUCCUACGGUAACUACUCUGACGACGGAAUCGGAUACACCGACUUCAAAUCCGUUAUCCCUACUGGCUACACCGAUGUCGGAUGUAUCGCCGAAGGUACGACCGGUCGAGCUUUGGCUGCUGCCUCGUUCGCCAACGACAACAUGACCCGAAGUGUCUGUGUAUCAUGGUGUCAAGACCGAGGAUACCCCUUGGCCGGUAUUGAAUAUGGUAGAGAAUGUUACUGUGACUUUGCCAUGAGAAACGGUGCUUCUAACACCACCCUCCUCGCCUCGAGCAAAUGUGGAAAGACCUGUGCCAACAACACCAACGAGAACUGUGGUGGUUCAUCGACUCUUGAAUUGUUCAACAACCCUUCUUUGUACCCCGUUUCCAAACUCCCUACUGGCUGGUCCAGUAACGGCUGUUACACCGAAGGAUCAGGUUCAAGAGCUUUGACCGGAUACUCUUUCUCCACCAGCUCGAUGACCCAGGAGACGUGUAUGACCACUUGUCAAGCUAAAGGUUUCGCUAUUGCCGGUAUCGAGUACUCGUCGGAAUGUUACUGUGGUAACUCUUUCGCCACUGGUUCGGUCCCUGCUACCGACAACUGUAACAUGGUUUGCUCUGGUAACUCACUCCAAACUUGUGGUGGACCCAGCAGACUUACCACCUUCAAGUACUCCAAUGCCACUGUUUCCGCUUCGGCUUCGGCUUCUGCCUCUGCUUCCGCUUCCGCCUCCGCCAAGGUCUCAUCCUCCUCAAGCGCUGUCGUAAGCUCUAGCACGAGCAAGGCUGUGAGCACUACUUUCUCUUCAUCUUCUGUCUCGAGGGGUAGUAGCUCAUCUGCUCGUGCUUCUUCUUCGUCUUCUAUCCGAUCGUCAUCGACCUCGUCCCUUGCGAAAAUCACAUCGUCUUCGUCUACUGCCAAAUCUGCGUCGUCAUCUUCGUCUGUGGCUAAAUUAUCAUCAUCGUCUGCGGCUAAAUCAUCUUCAUCAUCAUCUGCUGCCAAAUCAUCAUCAUCAUCAUCAUCUACCAAACCAUCAUCAUCAUCUGCCAAACCAUCAUCAUCGUCGUCAUCCGUUGCUAAAACAACGUCAUCUUCUUCUAUAUUGGCCAAAUCAUCAUCCUCACCAUCAUCUUCCGCUAAAAUAACCUCUUCGUCCUCUUCCAAACCGUUAUCGUCAUCUGCCACGUCCAAACCAUCUUCCUCUUCGUCUUCCAUCAAACCUACUUCCUCAACAUCCUCCAAACCCAUCUCAUCAUCUGCUGCCCCCGCACCCGCUAUAAAAAUCGCUUCCACCCAAAAGGCUUCAUCAUCUGUUGCUGCUUCCUCCACUUCUUCCGUUGCUGCCUCCUCAUCGAGCUCCGCUGCCAAGUCCUCGACUUCAUCAGUCGCUGCUUCGUCAUCCGCCGCUGCUUCUUCAUCAUCAGCCGCCGCUUCAAGCUCCGCCGCCAAGUCAUCGACUUCUUCCGUCGCCGCUUCUAGCACUUCUUCCGCUGUUGCUUCUUCAUCAGCUGCCGCUUCAAGCUCCGCCGCCAAGUCAUCGACCUCUUCCGCCGCUGCUUCUUCUUCGUCAGCUGCUGCUUCAAGCUCUAGCUCUGCUGCCAAGUCAUCGACUUCAUCAGCUGCUGCCUCUUCAUCCGCUGCUGCUUCCUCCACAACCUCCGUAGCCAAAUCAUCCACCUCAUCCCUCGUCGCCUCAUCCACCUCAUCGGCCACUCCUUCCGCUUCCGCCUCCGCUGGAGCCUACAUGGCCUACGUUGGAUGUUUCCACGACACCUCCGGUGGACGACACUUGAACGGUUCCACUUCAGCCGGUUCCAACAUGAACAACGAAGUCUGCACUUCAUACUGUCAAUCUAAAGGAUACGCUUACGCCGGUACCGAAUACGCUCAAGAAUGUUACUGUGGAAACUACCUCAACAUGACCCUCGCGGCCAACGAAGCUAAAUGUAACACCAACUGUAGAGCUACCAACCCUACUACCGGUGCUAAGGAGAUCUGUGGUGGUGGUAUGAUCCUUUCCGUUUACACAACCGGUCUGAACGCCAACGCUAAGCCUUACGGUACCAAACCUGCCAACCCCGUUAAGAGGUUGACCUCGGCCAAAUUUAGGUUGUAG